UACAUAUUUAUAGUUUUAUUUAAUUCAGAAAUUAUAUUUUGUUUAUCUAAUUUACAUAUAUUUUGGAAAAUAGGAAACCUAAAUCACGCCAUAAAAUAUGACAACAAUACAGCAAACUACAGAAAGAACCUCAAGUCCAAGGAGCAAAAGAAAUAGCUGUGGUAAGAUUAAGCAGAAACCGCAACAAGAAGAGAUCAUCAGUGAGAUAUCAACAACUGAAAUUCAACUUCCAGAAGUUGAUGUUGCCAAUGAACAAUCGCUGGAAUGCUAUGAGCCCGCGUCUCAGCAACAGUUGGAAGACUGUGCAGCAUAUCUUAAUAAAAUACAAGCUUUGCAGUAUGCUUUGGAAACCGACCUAUUGGCCUGUGAUGCCAAAUGGACUCUAUUUGUAUCAGCAGCUCUUAGUUAUCGUUACGACUUAGUGCUUAGACCAUUUCCACCACAAUUUGCUGACGAACAGUCUGGUUACAAUAUCGAUACCUUAAUAUCCGUCAUUAAUGAUACACCUAAAUUAACAGUAAUUUUACAAAACCUAAUGGAGCAAAAUUAUACUGAAUUUGGCAGAGAGAUAAUAGAUUUGUUGUACUGGGUACUAAUAGAAAAGCGUGAACCAGCACUGCGUCUAGUGGAAGGAGAAGAAUUGUAUUCACUGCUAACUUCCAUAGAUGAGAAAGCGAUGAAGAUCAAACCAACACAUGUCUUUGAAGUCAACGCUUUAACAGGAUUUCACUCGCAGGUGGCAUUUCGUAACAGAACAUCAGACUUACCCCUUAAAAUGGCUUUUAUGGGCAACAAGUUGGACAACUACUUUUCAAUAUUACAAAAUGGUUUUAUUCAUUACACAGAAAAUAAAAACGAUUUAGAACUUACUACCGAUCUGCAGACAAGUUUACAACACAGUCCCAAUUGUGCUGCCUGGGGCGCAUCGCAAUGUGGUUCCAUUAUUGCGUGUACAGCUCUUUGUGAAUUUGCCCUCGAUACCAAUGAAGACAAAAUUGUGGGCAAUAAAAAUGACAAAACCUGUGUCAAUAUACAAUUGCGAAAUCUACAAAAUAUACGUGUUCGUUAUCUGAUUUUCUAUGGCAAACGGUUUCCUAGGAGACUAUUACCAAAGCGACGAUUCUUCUCCUGGAUUUAUCAUCACAAAUAUUCGUUGUCGUUGCUGUCAUAUAUGUUGUUCUUAGUAUCAAUUGGUUUUGCUAAUAGUGGCAGUGGUGAGACGUUUAAGCUGUAUUUUUGUACGAAAAUUGAUUAUAUUUUGGACUUUUGUAGAAGAAUAAUAGCAAGAGAACGGAUUCAAUGGGCCUGAGAAAAAAUAUUGCUAGUUUUUUAGAUGGCUUUUCUAAAAUUACCGAAGAUGUUUAAUAAAAGAAUAAAUUUAGAA